CAUGCGGCUGCUCUCCGUGGUGGAAAUGGCUGACCCCCUAUCCAUAACGUCAUUGAUCAUUGAUGUUGGCGACCUCAUCCAUCGCCUCCUAACAUAUGCAAAGAAAGUCCGUGAUGCGAGUUCCGACAUCCGCCGACUGACCGAGGAACUCUUCGGUCUCAAAGGAAUCCUGGAACACCUGAGCUCGCAGUUUGAGUCUUCUUCGCCGCCAGAAACGAGGAAACUGGCUUCAGUUGCCACUGACUCGCUGAACAGCACUCUGGAGAAGGCAAACGAGUCGGUUCAACUCCUCCUUUUGGACCUAGAGGAGCCGACAAGCAGGUUGAAUAGAUUGAAGCAAAAGCUGGAGUGGCCGUUCACCCAGGAACAAUUUGCUACACACCUCACGCGCCUAGAAAGGGUGAAGUCCUGGCUGAUCAUCGUCCUCUCGAGCGACAGCCUUGCCAUUCAGCGAGAUCUCCAUGGAAAGAUAACAAGCCUCGCAACGUCUCUAGAGGCAGAACUAAAGAUACGAGAUGAGGAGAAAGUCCAGGCAGCGCACAACGAUCUGCUUCGAUGGUUAGCCCCCGUCAGUCCGGUCAGUAUUCACCAGCAGAUCUCGAGGGAUCGAGUCGAUUGCACGGGGAAGUGGUUCGUCAAUCAUACAUUUGAGGACUGGAUUAUGAGCGAUGUCGUUGAUCGGAGCAUUCUUUGUCUCUUGGGAAAAUCUGGGAUCGGCAAGACAACGCUCUUUGCUCACGCCGUCGACGAGCUGGCCGCGUUUACUGCCAAGGGCCAUGGUCUGGUCUUCGCUUACUUCUACUGCAGAUUCAGCGACGUUGACUUUCAGAAUCCGGUGAACAUCCUAGGUUCGUUGGUGGCCCAGAUUUCUAAAUCGGUGCCCUCAAUCUUGGACACCAUUCGGCCAUUCUUUGAGGCUACAGAUUCACAUCCACACCGACAGCCGAUCGACAUCAGUGUAGUGGCAGAUGCCAUCACAAACUGUACACAGAAUGAUAGACGGAUCAUUCUCCUGAUUGAUGCGAUCAACGAAAGUGUAUCCUAUCAGGAGCUUAUACGCUCCUUGUUGAAGAUUUCGGAACUUACCCCAAACCUUCGAAUCUUCCUAACCGGCACCGAUGAUAUUGUAUCCGAACGUCAUGCCAGGAUUCUACAUAUGAGUUCCAGUAUAAUCAGUGAUGAUAUUGACACAUUCAUUCGCUUCAGAUUGCAGCACGACUCGACACUCAAGAGCUUGAGUACGCGACUACAGGAUCAGGUGUGGAAGGCUCUUAUGGAGGGUGCCGAUGGAUCAUUCCGCUGGACCCAGCUCUCAUUAGAAAACCUCGCCUCCCUGAGAACCGCGAAAUCUAUUCGGGAGGCAUUGAGGACACUGCCAAGGACUUUAGGGGAGGCCUACAUCCACAUGCUCGAGCGAAUCAGUCCCAGUGACAAGGAACUUGGCCGCAACACUCUGUUUUGGCUCAGUUUCUCGAAGCGAUUGCUCACCCUGUCGGAGCUGAGCGAAGCAGUCGUACUAGAGGAGGCAUGCACGAUACUUGAUGAAGACACUAAGCUGAUCUCACCUCGGAUUCUGCUGCAUAUCUGCCAGGGACUCAUCACCGAGGAUGAGUUCGGAAGAGUGAAUUUAGCCCAUGCCUCGGUCAAGGAGUUCCUGACCUCCGAGUGGAUCCGCACCUCGAGCGUGCGAUACUUCUGUUUGGACCCGGCAACAGCCGAUCAAACCAUGACACGCCUCUGCCUGACCUAUCUGUGUCUCGACAACUUCCGCUCCGGAUACGAAUCGUCCUUCGAUGAACUAGCCGCACGCGAGCAGGAGCACCCCUUCCUAUCGUACGCGGCCGCGUUCUGGGCGACCCACGGCGGAGCUUGCGAUUUCGACGAGGAUGGCGACCGUCAGCUCGUCAACAAAUUGUUCAACUCGCGCGAUCUGCCACGCCAAGGAAACUACGGUGUCUGGGUGCAGACGCUUAUUCCCGAGGCCGAGCUCGAGGUCAUCGAAACCACACAUCCGCUGUACUACGCCGCGUCGUUCGGUCUAGUCCCGGUCGUCAGAGCGAUCCUGGCCUCUGUGCCUGAUCUGCAGGUCGACGCGCCCGGUGGCCGCUAUGGAUCCACGCCCUUGUUUGUGGCCUGUUGGCGGGGACAUUAUGAGGCGGCUGAACUUCUUCUCCAAGCCGGCGCAGACCCGUAUCUUCCGGACAGCGGCGCAGGCGUGACAAUCUUCUCACUACCUCACUCGAAUCAGUUCGCCCGAUCGUUGGCGAUUGUGCUUGGUCGAAGGCAACCGGGCAAAGGGACCCAUCGGGCUGCCGCACCGCAUACAGAUAUCGUCCUGCAGCAUGCAGGGGUCCUACCUACGCGGGUCGGGAUUCCGAACCGCACAUUCCACGGCAUGAAUAGGAUUGAAGAGGGAGAAAAGGUCCCGGAAGGUGAUCACAGCAACGAGCCCACCGACUCUGCCGAGCAGCAGCAGCUUGCAAUCAAUGCCCUCGCCGUAGCACCAUCGACAAUAGACCCGACCGUCGAAGGGUUCGAACAGCAGAUCCGACAGCUGUUCCCCCGGCUAGGGCCUCCAGCUUUAAUCCAUCGGUUCGCGCGCGAGCAGCUCCGCCGCUACGACCGACUUGUCGCACUUCAGCGCGCGCAUUCAGACGCCGUGCGCAACCGCUCCUGUCCCUCCGGGCCGUAUUGCUCUGCUGUUGCCCCUACGGGAGGAGUCUCCUCCCGAGCAAGCGGCCCCAACCUUACCGCGCAGUUCGAGUGUCCCACCUGUUUCCAAGUCAAACAGUUCCAGAAGGCGUUGGACUGGCCGAAGCACGUCGCCGAGGAUCUUCAACCGUUCACAUGCACAUUCCCCGACUGCGCGGGCGCACGGUCGUUCAAACGCAAGGCGGACUGGGUGCGUCACGAGACCGAAAGGCACCGGCAGUUGGAGUGGUGGGUCUGCUCCUAUGACGAUUGCGGCUACAAGUGUUUUCGCCAGGACAAUCUCGUGCAGCAUCUCGUUCGGGAGCACAAGAUGGCCGAGCCGAGAGUCGAGAAAAUCAAGGCCACAACGGCCACGCAAAGGGCUCUUGAUGCACAAGGGCAUGUGAAUGUAGAGAAUCUGUGGGAAUUGGUCCGGCAGUGUCACCAUGAGAGCGACGCAACCCCGCAACAGGAGUCCUGUCGGUUCUGCGGAGAGAAAUUUGACAAGUGGAAAAGACUGGUGGUGCACGUGAGCAGACAUCUGGAGCAGUUGGCGCUACCGAUCCUGGGGUUGGCGAAGCAGUACGCUGGUGCUUUAGAGGGGUAGCUUCCUUUCACCGGAUAGACACUAGGCAUGGACGUAGCUACGAGUUAUCAG